CGGGCUUCAGCCGACAGGUAACUCUGUUGCUUCGCCCUCACAACCAUUUCCAUUCGACACAGUAGUGGCUCACUUCUUCUCGUCGAACAGGCGUGGCGUCUGGGCACUCCGGGCACGGGCCCUAGCGGACACCAAUCGCCUAGUGGUCACCAACCGGCUGUGGUCAGCGCCACAAAUCCAAACUUUGCGCCCCGAGCUCUCUCGCUGUGGUUUG